CUAAAGAGGUUUAAGUUUAGAGGAUCAAACGACAGCUGGAGACAGACACACAUCAGAGAGAACCACGGGCAACAUGCCUCUCAAACGAGAAGAUACAGAGCGAGCGCUGCAGGCGAUGGAAGCCUGUCAAUCAGCAGGUGAUGAAGGUUUCAGGAGUCGCGCUGAGAGACUCUUGACCAUCUUUCAGAGUGACCUGUUUCAGGCUCUGUUGGACAUUCAGGAGAUUUAUGAGCUGACGGUGUUUGAGAAUCAGACGGCAGAUCGAGCACUCACACCGGGACUGAAGUACCGUUACCAUGACGAGGAGACGCCGCCGCUGCAGCACAGUCCAGCUCACCUGAACACAGGACAGUCUGCAGAGAUGCAGCUCAGCGACGGUAUCCACGGUUACACACCCCAGAUGCACGUGUCACCCGUCAAGCCGGUGUUGCUCCCCAGCGGUCACACACACUACUACGCCACAUCUACCCUAAUGAACGGGAUGGACGGAGACGUGGAGUAUGAGGAGAUCACACUGGAGAGGGGUAACUCCGGCCUGGGCUUCAGUAUCGCCGGUGGGACUGAUAACCCUCACAUAGGAGACGAUCCCAGUAUCUUCAUCACUAAGAUCAUCCCAGGAGGAGCCGCGGCGCAGGACGGACGGCUCAGGGUGAACGACAGCAUUCUGUUCGUGAAUGACGUGGAUGUGCGUGAGGUCACUCACAGUUUAGCGGUGGAGGCGCUGAAGGAGGCGGGGCCGAUCGUGCGGCUCUAUGUGCUGCGACACAAACCGCCUGCGGAGAACAUCACAGAGCUGAAGCUCAUCAAGGGCCCUAAAGGUCUGGGCUUCAGCAUCGCGGGCGGCGUGGGGAACCAACACGUCCCCGCAGACAACAGCAUCUACGUCACCAAGAUCAUUGAAGGAGGAGCCGCGCAUAGAGACGGACGACUGCAGAUCGGAGACAAAAUCCUCGCUGUGAAUAAUAUGUAUCUAGAGGACGUGAUGCAUGAAGACGCUGUAGCGGCGCUGAAAAACACAGGAGACGUGGUUUAUCUGAGAGUAGCCAAAACUCUUCAUCAUCAUCAAGACGCCUACAAUCCUCCUGACAUCACCAGCUCGUAUUCUCCUCAUAUGGACAUGUCUGAUUACCCACAAGCCCUCAGCCCCUCGUCUCCACGCCGUUACUCCCCCAUCCCUAAAGCUCUGCUGCUGGGGGACGAGGACAUUCCCAGGGAGCCGCGCCGAGUGGUCAUUCUCAGGGGUUCCACGGGUUUGGGCUUUAAUAUUGUGGGCGGUGAGGAUGGUGAGGGGAUCUUCAUCUCCUUCAUUCUGGCAGGAGGAGCCGCUGAUCUGAGCGAAGAGCUGAGGAAAGGAGAUCAGAUCCUGAGUGUGAACGGUGUGGAUCUGCGUCACGCGACUCACGAGCAAGCGGCGGCGGCGCUGAAGAGCGCAGGACAAACCGUCACCAUCAUCGCACAGUACAGACCCGAGGAGUACAGCAGGUUUGAGGCAAAGAUUCACGAUCUGCGGGAGCAGCUGAUGAACAGCAGUUUAGUUUCUGCAGCGGCGUCAUUACGCAGCGGGAAGAGAAGCUUCUUCAUCAGGUACACGACGCGGCCCAAGCGCGAGUACGAGGUGGACAGCCGCGACUAUCACUUCGUGCCGUCACGUGAACAGAUGGAGAAAGACAUUCAGAGUCACCGGUUCAUCGAGGCCGGACAGUACAACAACCACCUGUACGGCACCAGCGUCCAGAGCGUCAGACAGGUGGCAGAACAGCAGGGGAAGCACUGCAUCCUGGAUGUUUCAGCGAAUGCAGUGAGGAGGUUACAGGCCGCCCAACUUCACCCCAUCGCCAUCUUUAUACGACCCUCAUCCCUGCAGAACAUACUAGGCUUCCUGUGUUUGACAGACACGACGCGGCCCAAGCGCGAGUACGAGGUGGACAGCCGCGACUAUCACUUCGUGCCGUCACGUGAACAGAUGGAGAAAGACAUUCAGAGUCACCGGUUCAUCGAGGCCGGACAGUACAACAACCACCUGUACGGCACCAGCGUCCAGAGCGUCAGACAGGUGGCAGAACAGCAGGGGAAGCACUGCAUCCUGGAUGUUUCAGCGAAUGCAGUGAGGAGGUUACAGGCCGCCCAACUUCACCCCAUCGCCAUCUUUAUACGACCCUCAUCCCUGCAGAACAUACUAAGUGUUUGUAAUGUGUGUGUGUGUGUGUGUGUGUGUGCAGCGAUCGUGGAGGGCGACAGCUUCGAGGAGAUCUACCACCGCGUGAAGUCUGUGAUCGAGGAACAGUCUGGACCGUAUAUCUGGAUCCCUGCGCGAGAGAGACUGUAAACACACACACACACACGCAUGAGGACUUCCAGCAGGGGCUCAUGGGAGUCUCUAGGAUGAAGCUCGUGCACAGGAUGAUCUUCUGAUUCACACCAACAGCUCGUUACAUAAUGUAAAUAUGCGUCCGUGCGCAUUGGUUUCUAUGGAGUGGGCGGGGAUGCUUACCUCAUUGCCAUGGCAACAGUUCAUCGUGGGGUCAGAAACAGCGACCAAGUGAAAACAUGACAGCGCUGCGUGUGUGAACUAGCCUUAACGAACGUGUGUGUGUGUGUGUGUGAGCCACUGCUACUGAUGAGAGGAUGAAGGUGAUCAUGUGGGUUGUUUCCAUGGCGAUUGUGAGCUCAGUGAGUGUAACAGUGUGAGGCAAUAUAGACAUGAGCACUGAGCACUUUACUAACACACACACACACACACACUAAGAUGCGUGUGUGUCUCUCAUUGUGAUGACGUGUCUCUAUAGGGCUACUGUUUACAUAUAAUACACACUUUAAACUGCACAGGGAGAGAUAAGCGUGUAUGUGUGUGUGUAAGAGUGUGUGUGUGUGUGUGUGUAAGAGUGUGUG